AUGUUCUCCGUGGUGUUUAUUCUCUGGCUCUUUCAGAUUCCCAGUCUUGUCUGUGCCUUUAACAACAAUCAAUGCUAUUACCUAAUAAGAGAAGAUUUUCACCGUGAAGGAGAUGUGGUGCUUGGUGCAUUUUUCCCUGUUCAUACUUAUUACACCAUCCAAGAAAUUCCACAUUCCCAUCUAAUUGGGUAUUAUGAGGACUAUUACCUACAGUAUAAUUUUAAGAAUUACCAGUUUGUUCUGGCUAUGGUAUUUGCCAUUGAAGAGAUCAAUGGGAACCCCAAUCUUUUACCCAACAUAUCUAUUGGAUUUGAUUUCUACAAUGUCCGAUUCACUGAGAAGGACAUUCUUAUGAAUGCCUGUAUGUGGCUCACAGCACACAGUCGAAGAUACAUUUUACCUAAUUACAACUGUAAAAAGAGAAAUUUUACUGCUGCACUCACAGGCACAUCAUGGACAACAUCUGCCUACAUUGGGACAUUGCUACAACUCUUUAAAUUUCCUCAGCUUUCUUUUGGACCUUAUGAUCCUCUCUUGAGUGACCGAAGUCAGUAUUCUUCCCUCUACCAGAUGGCCCCCAAGGACACAUCUCUUUCACUUGGCAUUGUCUCUUUGCUGAUUCAUUUUAGUUGGUCCUGGGUUGGUCUCAUCUUCCCAGAUGACCACAAAGGGAAUAAAAUCCUAUCAGAUUUCAGAGAUGAGAUGGAAAGAAAAAGAAUCUGCAUAGCUUUUGUGAAGAUGAUCCCAACCACCUGGACUUUAUAUUUUAACAAGCGCUGGAAAUUUAUUGAUGAGAUCCAGGAAUCAUCUGCAAAUGUGAUAAUUAUUCAUGGUGACAUUGAUUCUUUACAAGGUCUGAUGAGAAGUAUUGGGCAAAAGUUAUUGACAUGGAAAGUGUGGGUCAUGAACUUUGAACAGGAUGUUACUUCUCAUGCUGAUUAUUUUAUGUUAGACUCAUUUCAUGGGAGCCUCAUUUUUACCCACCAUUACAGGGAAAGUUUUGAGUUUACCAAUUUUAUUCAAACAGUUACUCCUUACAGAUACCCAGAAGACAUUUAUCUUCCUAAAAUGUGGUAUUUGUUCUUUAAGUGCUCAUUUUCUGAAAUUGAUUGUCAACUUUUGGACAACUGUCAAGCCAAUGCUUCUCUGAAUGUAUUACCUAGACACAUAUUUGAUGUGUCCAUGAGUGAAGAGAGCUACAAUAUAUACAAAGCCGUGUAUGUUGUGGCUCACAGUCUCCAUGAGAUGUGGCUUAAACAAGUACAAAUGCAACCAUAUGAAAACAGAAAAGAGAUGGUGUUCUUCCCUUGGCAGCUUAACUCUUUCCUGAGAGACAUUCAUGUGAGAGACAACAUGAGUUUAUAUUGGAGAGAGAAGUUAAAUGAAGACUAUAACAUCUUUAAUCUUUGGAAUUUUCCAAAGGGUCUUGGACUAAAGAAGAAAGUAGGAACUUUUUCUGCAAAUGCUCUUCAGGGCAAACAGUUAUCAUUAUCUGAGCAGAUGAUACAAUGGCCAGAAAUAUUUUCAGAGAUUCCUAAGUCUGUGUGCAGUGAGAGUUGUGGGCCUGGAUUCAGGAAAGCAACUCUGGAGGGCAAGGCUGUUUGCUGCUACAACUGCAUUCCUUGCGCAGAGAAUGAGAUUUCUAAUGAGACAGAAUUAUACGAGAUUCAGAUCUAUUGCACCUUCACUGUAAUUAUUCCCAGCUCACGUUAA